AUGUCCCGAUUGAGUUUCUGUGGUUCCAGCCCAGGUUCCAUCCCGGCUUCAGAAAUGCUUCGCGAUUCUUCGAUUCUUUCACACAGAAAGCUUGUUGCAAAACUGUGGCUACGCAACAAUCCACUGAUGAGCCACGGUCGCAGAUGUGCCCCUCAACCAGUGCAUGAUGCUGACAUGCCGCACAUUGCCAGGCACACCCCAACAAGAGAGUCAGUCAGUCUGGUUGGCGACCUUGGACGCGUACGCGACGAGGUGGCCUUCCUGAAGAUCAGCGAUCUCGCGGUGAUGUUGUUGGCUGAAGAGAAAAUGCUAGAUCUCAGCGCGGGACGGGCAGUGACCCGAUCAAAGCCCACCAGGAUCUUCACAACCCUUACUACGAUGGUUCAUGCGAGUUAA